CAAUUUUAUCAUUUUCAGGAGAAAUUGCACAUUGAAAUAGUUUUUAGUGCAAAAAUUGAGAAUUUCUCGGUUUCUAGAGAAAAAAUGUGGCUUUUAGAAAAACAAUUUCAAUCUUGGACGCUUUUUCGCUAUUCUGGGUCCUAUUUUCGUGAUUUUUGCAAAUUUCCGCACCUCCAUUCGGAGAAUUAGCGUCCAACGAGUCCAAAGCAGAGAGAAUCAGCUGUCUUUGCAUAGUAUGACGUCUCUGAACAUCCUGUGAAUCUUUGGAUGUUUUAACCGAUUGAUCCUUCCAAAUAACUCCAGUUCCAGAGCAUGGUGCAUCCAAAAGAAUACGAUCAAAACCAUUCGGACGGAUUUUCGAGAACUCUUCUCCUCCCAGAUUACAAACGACGGUAUUGUUGACUCCGAGGCGAUGGAGAUUUCCAAUGAUAGCACGGCAACGGGUGAACUGGAAAAAUAAAGUUUUCGGGAGAUUUUUGAUGAAAAAUCAAUUUUUUUCGGAUGAAAAUUGAAUUUUUAGGAAUUUCCCAAUGAAAACCAGGCAACUUUUGAUAGUUUUUCGUUCGAAAAUGUCAAAUUUUCUACUUUUUAGAUUGAAAAUUGUAAUAUUUCAGCCUUAUCUAUUUUCAUCAAUUUUUCACGUACAUUCGCGUCGUUAGCGAACAAAACUCCGCUAUUCUUCAUAAGAGCAGCAAUAUGACUGGUUUUUCCUCCAGGAGCAGAACACAUAUCCAAUACACGAUCUCCUGGUUGUGGAGCCAAGGCCAUCACUGGCAGCAGUGAAUUGAGUCCUUGAAUCAUAUAAUGUCCGGCCAAGUAUUCGGGAGUUGCUCCAACUGGGACCUGAGAAUCAUAGACAACGAGUCCAACUUUAGUCCAAUCGGCGGCUGGAUCCACGUUCAUUCCACGGUUGAUGAGGUUCUUAGCGAGGUCACGACUGAAAAAUGGAAAUUGUUAGCUUAAAAAUAUGAAAAUUGAGCGAUUUUGACAACAAAUUGGUGAAAAACGAGUAAUUUUUAGUUCAAAAGUAAUAAAAAAGACCAGUUUUUAGUCCAAAUGAGUAGAAAUUAAACGAUUUUAAAUAAUACAAUAGUGAAAACUGGCGAUUUUGGGACCAAAAUUAUGGAAAAUGAGCUGUUUUAGAUCAGAACUAAAGACAGUGGGCAAUUUUGAGUUGAAAUUCGUGAAAAAUCAGCACUUUUAAGUCUAAAUUAGUCUAACAGACCGAAUUUCAGACCCAAUCUAUUCAAAAUCACGUGGGUCUGCUAAAUCGGAAUUUGUAGUUUGUAGUCUAGCAGACCCAAUCUAUUCACAAUCACGUGGGUCUGCUAAAUCGAAAUUUGUAGUUUGUAGUCUAGCAGACCCAAUUUAUUCAAAAUCACUUGGGUCUGCUAAAUCGAAAUUUGUAGUUUGUAGUCUAGCAGACCCAAUCUGAUCAAUACUAUUUUUCAAGAUGAGGACAUGGAAAUUUUAUCACUUUCCAGUUGAAAAUCGCGGAAAAUAAUUUUUAGCUGAAAAUCUUCAAAAUUGAAUAGCUUUGCAUUAUUUUUUAUGUCCAAAACUUCAAUUUUAUGUGACUAUUUAUGCCGAGAAAUCCAAAAACCUCCAAAUUUUACCGUUUAACCUUGAGCGAGUUGGCUCUAAUGGUUACUGGUCUCGGAUUGUCGUUAGCCUCCAAAAACUCCAAUAGCUCCGCUCCAUUUGGGAAUAAAUCCAUGAAUUUUCCCAUUAAAUAGUCAUUGUAUCCAUACUGUGAGCAUAGAUCCUUCUUCAGCACUUCUACAUAGUUUUCACGCGAUUUCUGUGGAUCUCGGCGAUUCUUGAAGUCUCCAAGAACCUGGAUGACGUCGGCAAUACGCUGCUUCACAAUUUCCAAGUUUGGCACGGAUUUCAUCUCAUUUUCAAUCUCCUCGACGGUUGGAAGCUCGAAAGUCGCUUGAUUUGCGAUGUUUAGCUGCAACUCUUCCUCUCCUUCAGCGAUAAUCUUCUCCUUCUGCUUGUCGAGAGCCGCGGAUUUUUUCUCGAUUGGCAGAUGAUCUCCGGCGUCGGAAUCUGGAAAAAAAUUUUAAUUUCAGGGUUUUCAGAUGUUCCCCCAUACCAUCAUCGGAAUAGUCAUCUCUGAGAUCUUCAUCGUCACUUCCUGGGAAGCUGAGACCUUCCAGGCCGUCCUCGUCAUCGUCGAUAAGCUGCAGCUUCUCGACCUGCUCGAUUGGUUCCUCCUCAUGAGCCUUUUUCGCCGAUUUCUUCACCUUUUUCACUAGCUUCUUCUUCUUUGGAGUCACUGCCUCGGUUUCCUAAAAAAUUGGAGCUUCGUCGUGAAUGUUUAGUGCAAAAACUCACUGCAACAGGUCUUUUAACGGCUUUCUUAACUUCUGGCUUCUCUGUAGCAGCUUUUGAGGCAGCGGACACCUUCUUCUUCUUGACAAUUGCCAUUUUACCUGAAAAAUACUUCUUAAAGUUUGAAAAAAACGCAGAAAAUAGUGACAGAAUGGCGAGAAAAGUGAAAACCCCAAUUCCUCCGCUUGAGACUGAUUUUUACAAUGUUUUACUGGUUUUAUGCAAGUUUUAACUUCAAAAUUUAAUUUUUCACAUAUUUUCAAAAUAAAACACCACAAAAAACUGACGAAAAGCAACGGAAAAGCCGAAAAAUCGAUCGCCUAAAUUCGAAAGAAAUUGCAUUGAAAAUUGCACAGGCGUGCGGUAGAGCGCGCUUGCCGACGAUGGCCGUGUGGGGGUUUCUAGACCGCGAACUCUGGCUGAUGCCUCAAAGGCUGAUGGCGGCUUCACGUCGAAGAAGGAAUUGCCACUCGUCGUGACUAAAGAAGAAACAGCGCCGACAAUAGCCAAAACAGAUGCAGGAAAUGCAGAAUCCACAGUUACAGAAGUCAAAAAAUAUGCGUUAACAAUAUAACACGUAUUUGGAGCUCGAACAACGCUGACAUGCCAAAAUGUAUUGAGUCGAGGCAUUCAAACUGGCAAUUGCUUCUGUUCUAGCCUUGUUUGGAUAUCUAAGCCAACUCCUUCUCUGUGUUCUGGCUAUUUCAGUAAUUUGUACAGAGGAUGCAAAGACAUUGAAAGACGAAUUAGUUUGGGGACUGCUUAUCAAGGAUUGGUUGUUCAGAUUGAAAAUUGUUGCUGCAGGGACAAUUAUUGUUACGACCAUAGUGGCGGUCUUCCUGUUAUCUUCGCUAUACCGCCUGUAUUAAAAAGAAAAAAAAGCUGAAGCUAACGCACCAAUUAUUAAAACAAAAAGUUGCUGCUCAAUUUGUGAAAAAGUUUUCGCUGGAACUCGCAUUCAUUCCGUGGAUGUUAAUUUUAUUAGCUUCCGUCACGCUGAUAAAAGGAGAACCGAAAUGGGAUGAUUACCAGAAAAGGGUGUUCAAUUUCUGCUCACUCUCAAUAUUCUCUUUUGUUGCGUCGACAUCGUUUUUCUCGCUGAAAUGUCAUUCUCCAAAACAUUAUUCAAACAGUGAAUUAUGGGUUCUUCUCAUUUUGUGGAUUGUUUGCGCGUUAUUUCUAUGGGCACCUUCUUUUCUCGGAAUAUAUGUACACGUUAGUACAAUCGUGUCUCCCCAACUCGCGUUUUCGUUACAAUUCUCCGUUGUCCGAUUCGGUUUCUUAAAAAACUCGCUCAAUAAAGUAAUAUUGAUUUCUAACGUACCAUCAAAUCCCACACAAAAUCAGACUGCCCCACCUGCCAUUGAAUUGAACUAGAAUUUUAAAAAGAAAUGUAUUUUUUGUAUUGAAAUGUAUGUGAAUAAAGUGCGUUU